UAAAGAAAUGGAGACCAAAAUACGUUGUGGAUGAUUUAAUAUUCAUCCAUUUAUUCAGUCGAGCAUAAUGUGAAAGUUUAAUUAGAAUUUUAUCAAUGCACACUAUUCGAAGUGUAUGAAAGUUUCCUUCAAAGAAUGACGGAGGAUAUUCAACUAAAGCAGUUGUCCGAUGAAAGAGGUAAUUAUGGUACAGUUGACGAUGGUGGUCAAGAUGAAGCUGAUCGUGUUAUUAUGAUCAAUAGCCCACAAAAUGUUGAAUUUUGUGGAAAUAAGAUUAGCACGGCCAAGUAUAAUCUCAUCACAUUUUUACCAAAGUUUUUGUUGGAACAAUUUAGCAGAUAUUCUAAUGUAUUCUUCCUCUUCAUCGCUCUUCUUCAGCAAAUAGAAGGCGUUUCACCAACAGGCCGCUAUACAACAGCCGUUCCUUUGCUCUUUGUUUUGUCCUGUUCUGCUGUGAAGGAAAUUAUUGAAGAUUAUAAACGCCACAGAGCUGACGAUAAAACCAAUAAAAAGGAUGUUAGAGUUUGGAGAGAGGAUGCUUACCAAACUGUAAAAUGGAUGGAGCUUAAAGUUGGUGACAUUGUUAAAGUUGUCAACGGACAGUUCUUUCCUGCUGACCUAAUGCUACUAUCUUCGAGUGAACCAAUGGGAAUGUGUUAUAUUGAGACAGCUAAUUUGGAUGGUGAGACAAACCUUAAAAUUAAGCAGGCUCUGCCUCUGACAGCUAAUAUGGUUCAACUUACUGAUUUGAAGACAUUAGAGGGACGGGUAGAUUGUGAAGGCCCAAAUAAUCGACUUUACGAGUUUGUUGGAAAUAUCACGCUAAAUGGAAAGAAAGCUGUCCCACUUAAUCCCGAUCAGUUAUUACUGCGUGGUGCUCAGUUAAGAAAUACUCAAUGGAUAUAUGGAUUGGUCGUCUACACAGGGCAUGAUUCAAAACUAAUGCAGAACUCAACCGCUGCUCCGAUUAAGAGAUCAAACAUGGAUCGAGCAACAAAUUUGCAAAUAUUGUUUUUAUUUUGCCUGCUGAUGAUCAUGGCAUUUUUCAGUAGUUUAGGAUCUUAUCUUUGGACCAAGAAUCAAAGAGCUGGCUCGUGGUAUAUGGGAUACGAAGGUCGUAAACCACAGAGCUUCUUCUUCACAAUAAUCACGUUUAUUAUUCUCUACAAUAAUCUUAUUCCUAUUAGUUUGCCUGUCACAUUGGAGAUUGUAAAAUUUAUUCAAGCUAUAUUUAUAAACUCGGAUUGUGAAAUGUAUUAUGAUGAGAAUGAUACUCCAGCAAUGGCUAGAACAUCCAAUCUAAAUGAAGAGUUAGGUCAAGUAAAAUAUAUAUUUUCUGACAAAACUGGUACUCUUACAAGGAACAUUAUGGAAUUCAGAAAGUGUAGUAUUGCAGGAAUUAUGUAUGGAGGAGAUGGCGAUACAUAUAAUGAUCCAUCUUUACUCGACAAUCUUCGAGAACAUCAUCCGACUUCCUCCGUGAUCCGAGAGUUUCUCACUUUGCUAUCAGUAUGCCAUACUGUGGUGCCUGAAAGAGAUACUCAGAAUCCAGAUAAGAUCAUUUAUCAAGCGGCAUCCCCAGAUGAGGGUGCGUUGGUUGAAGGAGCAAAACUGUUUGGGUUUUCUUUUAAUGUGCGAACACCCACUUCUGUUAUCAUUAAUGCUAUGGGACAAGAGGAAGUUUACGAAGUUCUUAAUGUUUUGGAAUUCAACAGCACUCGUAAACGUAUGUCUGUAAUCAUGAAAACACCGUCAGGACAGAUCAAGCUUUACUGCAAAGGAGCCGACACUGUCAUCUACGAAAGAUUAGGCACUAGCCAAUUGUACAAAGAUGUCACAUUGAAACAUUUGGAAGAGUUUGCUAAGGACGGCUUACGAACAUUGUGUAUUUCCAUGGCUGAGAUCUCUCAGGAAGAAUAUGAUCGCUGGAGUGAUAUUUAUUACCGUGCAAGUACAAGUUUGGAAAAUAGAGACGAGAAAGUUGAUGAAGCUGCAGAACUUAUUGAAAAAAAUCUGUUUCUACUCGGAGCAACAGCAAUAGAAGACAAGUUGCAGGAGGGCGUUCCUGAUAGCAUUGCUGAUUUAGCUGCCGCUAACAUUAAGAUUUGGGUACUAACUGGAGACAAGCAAGAAACUGCGAUUAACAUAGGUUACUCUUGUAAAUUACUCACGGAAGACAUGUCUUUGCUUAUUUGUAAUGAAUGUGAUCUCGGUGGAACGAAACGUUGGCUGGACGAGAUCAUCAAGAAAUAUGGAAUUAAAAAUAAGCGAAAAAAAGAACCAAAACGCGGUGAAGAGGAGCGGUUGGCGCUUAUCGUAACUGGUCAGACUCUGAAUUAUGCCUUAGAAGAAGAUUUAAAAUACAAUUUCCUGGAUCUUGCACUAUGCUGUAAAGCAGUCGUUUGUUGCAGAGUUUCUCCUUUGCAAAAAGCUCAAGUUGUGCGGCUAGUCAAGUCCCAAGUAAAGAAUUCUGUUACAUUAGCAAUUGGUGAUGGUGCAAACGAUGUAGGAAUGAUUCAGGCAGCUCACGUUGGGGUUGGUAUAAGUGGUCAAGAAGGUUUGCAAGCAGCAAGUGCUUCUGAUUACGCAAUCGCUCAGUUCCGUUUUCUGAAUAAACUAUUACUGGUCCAUGGUUCAUGGAGUUAUCAACGUUUAAGUAAACUGAUAUUAUAUUCAUUCUACAAGAACGUCUGUUUAUAUGUUAUUGAGCUCUGGUUCGCUUUAGAUAACGGUUUUUCUGGUCAAAUUUUGUUUGAUAAGUGGUGUAUUGGUAUUUACAAUGUGGCGUUUACGGCAUUCCCUCCAUUGGCAAUUGGUUUGUUUGACAAGACAGUGUCGUCAGAUAGCCUUCAACGUUUUCCUCAACUUUAUAAACCGUCUCAAAAUGCGGAGUAUUUUAACACAAAGGUUUUCUGGUUGUGGAUCUUUGCUGCUGUUGUUCACUCGCUUCUGUUGUUUUAUCUUCCAUCUUUAGCAUUAAACAAUGAUGUACCUUUUCAGGAAGGUUUAGUCGUUGGAAAUUGGUUUGUAGGAAAUGUUGUAUACACGCUCGUCGUUGUCACAGUUUGCUUAAAAGCAGCUCUUGAGUUAGAUUCUUGGAAUUUGCUUUGUCAUAUUGCGAUAUGGGGAAGCAUUCUUAGCUGGUUUAUAUUUUUAUUAAUUUAUUGUCAACCAUUUAUUGCGGAGUUCCUAGCUCCUGAUAUGAUUGGGCAGGAACAAAUGAUUUUUACUUGUCCUGGAUUCUGGUUUAUGUUAAUCCUUAUUCCUGUCAUUACACUGUUCUUUGACUUCUGUUAUAAAUUGUUCAACAGAACUUUCCGGAAGACGUUAGCUCAGGAAAUUCAAGAAAUAGAGGAACGAAGGAGUGAUCCUCAGUCGUCUCUUGGUCUUUCCACUCCUUCCGUGCACAGGUCGGCAUUCAGAUCGAAGAGCUUCAAAAACCAACAUGGUUAUGCAUUUUCACAAGAGGAAAGUGCAUCUGUCCGUCAGGCGCAGUUAAUCCGACGAUAUGAUACGAAUCUUAAAAAGCCAGGGGGUGGAGAGUAAUGAAUGUUGAUUGAUGUACGUCCUUAUAUAAGUUAUCGCUGAAACCUUACGAGAGAAAUAAGGACAUUGUUUUUAUCGUUGUCGUAACAUAUAGUAUCUUAUAUGGUAUACAUUGUGUUGUUGCAUGUUUUAUGGUAUACACCAUGUUAUUGCAUAGUUUAUUGACUGUUUUGAAUUCAAAUGUCAAUUCGAAUUUCCUGUGUAUGUGUGUGCAUGCGUGCUUCAAACAUGAUAAAUCAUAGUCAAUAGUACUGGUGUUUAUCACACUAUUUUAAUUUAUAAUUGCAUAGCAGUAGCUAUAGCUAUAGGCAUAGCAGGCAUGUUCACACAGCCAGGUUAAUUUUGAAUUGAUAUUAAUAUAAAUAUUUAGGAUGUAUUAAUGUUUGUUUGAAUUUGAUUAUAAUGCUAGUGGAUGCUAGCUAAUUAUUUAAAGUUUAUUUAGGAUAUAUGAUAUUCAAAGAAUGUAAAUUUUCGUGUUAGCAUUAAAAUUUGUUGUAAAUCGUGCACGCGAGUAUUAAA